UGCGCAGUCUGCACCGUCUGCCGUCUGUGGUUCGUAGUGUAAUUAUUGCUUUGCCUGGUUGCCAUUUUGUAAUAAGAAAUUGAGUUUGAGGUUUUUCUCUAUAAAAUAAAUUCAGUUCAGCAAAUUAAUAAUAGGUGAAAGGGAAGAAUCCAAGGGGAAGAUUCAUCAUGAAGAGCGAUAAAAGCAGUGAAAAAACCGAACCCGAACAAUUCCGCAAGCUGUUCAUCGGUGGCUUGGACUUCAGGACGACCGAUGACUCCCUGAAGAAACACUUUGAGCAAUGGGGCGAAAUCGUGGACGUCGUGGUGAUGAAGGACCCCACCACUAAAAGAUCCCGAGGCUUCGGAUUUAUCACCUAUUCCAAGGCCCAUAUGGUAGACGAUGCUCAAAACGCGCGUCCCCACAGGGUAGACGGCCGUGUCGUGGAGCCUAAACGAGCUGUACCGAGACAGGACAUCGGCAGACCGGAAUCCGGGGCCACAGUGAAAAAGUUGUUUGUUGGCGGCUUGAAGGAAGAUGUUGAAGAGGAGGACUUGAAGGAGCACUUUGGGCAGUAUGGCAACAUUCUCUCGUGCACUAUUGUCACGGACAAGGAGACUGGGAAGAAGAGAGGUUUUGGGUUUAUCGAAUUUGAGGAUUACGAUUCUGUCGACAAGAUUUGCUUGCAACGCAACCACACCAUCAAGGGUAAACACAUCGACGUCAAAAAGGCCCUGAGCAAGGCCGAGAUGGAGCGUCACAACCAGGGUGGUGGUGGUGGCGGCGGUGGCGGCUCCGGUGGUCCACCAAGAGGCGGCCGGGGUGGCGGCAGAGGCGGCGGUAACUGGAACAACCGUGGCGGCCAGGGAGAUUGGAACCAAGGGGGCGCCGGUGGUUACGGCAGCGGUCCCUGGACCCAGGGCCCCUGGGACAACUCCGGUGGUAACUGGGGAAGCCCACAGGGCGGCGGCGGUGGAGGUUACAGUCAAGGCGGCGGCGGCGGUGGCGGUGGCGGCAACUGGGGACAGGGCCCCGACAAUUUCGGCAACAACUACCAGCAGGGAUACGGAGGCGGCGCCGUGAGGAACAACUACCAACAACAGAGACCUGCUCCUUACAAUGCCGGAGGCUACGGCGGCGGCGGCGGCGGCGGCGGCUACCAGCAAAACGGGGGCAACCAGGGACCGAGGAGAUUUUAACAUGUAAGUGCACUGAUACACUGCGUUUAAAGCGACAGUGCCCGGUGUACGUCAUUCACGAAUAACUUAAAUUUCAUCCCAUACUCAGUAUAUCAGAUGUAUCCGUUGGGUCUAAAAGUUUUUGUACAAAGUAGCGAGGGACGAUUUGCACAGGGAUCCCGAUUCGAUCGAAAUUAGUGCGUAACUUGAAUUUUUUGCGACAUUUAAAACCAAGACUAAGGAAAUAUUAAAUGUAGUUGUGCAAUAAGUGUUCUUUUUUUGUGCAGGAUCAUGUACCAUUACCACUCAUAUAUAUUCUACAUAGCAGGUUUAAAUUCAAAGUGUUUAUGUAAGCUAGUUUUAUGGUGUGACAACGUCACUUAUGGUUUUUUUAUUAUGAUUAUUUUUGACAUUUCACGUUAGAUGUAGGUUUAUACUUGUAACUGUAUUGAUUAAUUUAUUAAAGGAGUAAGAUAGUAUAA